UCCUCUGAACAGUUCUCGGAAACAUUCAGUGUGUGGAACAAGAUUGGAACAGUUUGAAAUGAGACUGUGCAAGCUUCACUACUAUUUGGCUCUGUUGGGUCUGUCUCUUUUGCUAUGUGGCCGCGGUGGUGACUCCCAACUAGAACCGGACAUGGACUUCCACCAUCGCAGACUUCUGCAGAGAGCACGUGCGAUCGGAUUGGCUACACAGGACAGGACUAAGAAAGACAUAGAGGAGCUGCUAUCCCAGUUGUCCAUGGCUGAGAUGGGGGCUCUUGAGGAUGACGUUUCCAUGACAGGUGGGAACGAGGACCUGCGUAUGGAGCUAGAGCGUUCCGCGGAGAACACAAACCAGCUCCCUGCUCGAGAACGCAAAGCAGGAUGCAAAAACUUCUACUGGAAGGGCUUCACUUCCUGCUGAGGCCCUAAUCAUCCGUUUACAUCGCUUGAAGAUGCCAAUUAACUAACAAACAAAAUCUUAUGUUAACCUAACCACUGUGGUUAAAUUGGUUCUGUAAGUCGAUUGUAGGCUAAUAAAAU